UCCCUCACCCUCUCCCUCUCCCUCUACCACUACCUCUCUCUCUCUCUCUCUCUCUCUCUCUCUCUCUCUCUCUCUCACAACAUUCAUAGCUGAAAAAUAAUAGAGAAUACAACCAUGAAGAAUCAACAAGAACAAGAACGGUCAUCUCCCUCAUUCACAAAACUCCUCAAUUCUCAUUUACAACCUCUAAACUAUCUCUCUCAUUUCUUCCUCUUUAGCUUUGGUUUAGCCUUUGGAAUCAUAGUUAGUUUUCAUCUCAAAAGCUUUUCACUCAAUCUAAUAACAACCCAAUUCUCCUUCCUACCUUCCUCCUCACUACCACCACCACCAUCUCAUGGGCCCCACAGCGGCGAGCGCAUCGGACUCAAAGAUUACGUGGAGCCACGCAUCCUCAUGCACGAUAUGUCAGAUGAGGAGUUGCUCUGGAGAGCAUCAAUGGUCCCACGAGUGCCCGAUUUCCCAUUCAAACAUACACCUAAGGUUGCUUUCAUGUUCUUGACAAGGGGCCUACUGCCUAUGGCACCACUGUGGGAGAAAUUCUUCGAAGGGAAUGACGGAUUAUACUCAAUUUAUGUGCAUGCAUAUCCAUCUUUCAACCAAGCGGUGCCUGAAAAUUCAGCUUUUCAUGGGCGAAGUAUCCCAAGCAAGGAAGUGCGAUGGGGAGAGUUCACCAUGAUUGAAGCCGAACGCCGCCUACUAUCCAACGCUCUCCUCGACUUCUCUAACGAGCGUUUCGUCCUCCUCUCGGAGUCAUGCAUACCCCUCUUCAACUUCUCCACCAUCUAUUCUUACCUCACCAACUCUACCAAGACCUUUGUUGAGUCCUAUGAUGAUCCGGGCCCCAAUGGUCGUGGCCGCUACAGCCGCCGCAUGAACCCGACCAUCAGGCCCGACCAAUGGCGGAAGGGCUCACAGUGGUUCGGGAUGGACCGCAGCCUCGCGAUCGAGAUAGUCGCCGAUCGAACAUACUACCCGGUCUUCCAGAAGCACUGCAAGCCCGCAUGCUAUGUGGAUGAGCACUACAUACCAACUUUUGUGAGCAUGAGGUUUGGAGAGAAUAAUUCAAACAGGGGAUUGACUUGGGUUGACUGGAGAAAGGGUGGGCCUCACCCGGCCAGGUUCAGCAGGAACGAGGUGACCGUUGAUCUGCUGGAGUGGAUGAGGAGUGGUAGGGAGUGCGAGUACAAUGGGGAGAAGACUAGGAUUUGCUUCUUGUUUUCAAGGAAGUUCUUGCCCAACGCUUUGGACAGGUUGAUGAGAUUUGCACCCAAGGUCAUGGGCUUCACUUGAAUUCAAGUAAAAAAAAUAUAAGAAAAAAGAGAGGGGUAAAUGGGUCUUUUCACGACAUCUGUAAUUUCUCCAAUCAUUAGGGAAUAAAGGAAGAUACUCCGCAGGUCUACCAAAUUAGUUACUCCAUUAAGUCAUUAUAGUGGAAAGAAUGGACCCACAUGUUAAUACAAUUGGACUAUACGGGUGGACCCCAUCACUUCCAUCAAUCCAUUUGGUAGUACGGCAGAGUACAAAUCCAUGUCCCUUUUUUUACAAUUAAUUAUUAUUCAUGAUUAGUUGUAAUAGUUGGGGCCGUUGAAGAAGUAGCCCCAGGUUUCUCAAGAAAAUAUGUGGACAACUGUAAUUUUGAAGAUGAAAUAUGCACCUUUGGUGCUCUGUAAUUAAUAAAAAAAAUAUAUCUCUUUAUUU